AUGUAUACUACUUCAACUAUAAUCCUCUCUCUGCUCCAACUGCUCAUAGCACAGCCUACAUCAGCAGCACCUCUAAGCAGCCCCAGUAAUAAUAAUAAUAAUCAAAAUAAUAACACCACCACUCUCAACACCCGCACCGACCCCAACACCUUCCAAAUCCAAAUCCACAACAACUGUCCCUUUCCCAAACAAUUCGCCCUCUACCAAAUCACCUCCUCCUUCGCCAUGCUCGAAAAAUCCUCUCCCAUCAACAUCCCCUCCAAAGCCUCCUCCACCAUCUCCGCCCCCUACCUCGAAACCGGCAUGCGUCUCUCGGGCCACGCCGAAUGGGGCGCAUCCCGCCAAUGGAACGCGCAAGCACUUUUCGAAUUCGGCUACUCGGAUAUUACGUAUGCGGGUCAGAGAUUGCAAGGAACGGCAUAUGAUGCUUCUGUCAUGACGGGAUCGGAUGCGGAUAUUGGAAUUGGAAUUUAUCCUUUGCCGAAUGGGAAAGGGAGUGCGAAGAGUUGUGUUAGUAAGACUUGUUUUCCGUGGGAUUGUCCUGCGGAGCAGGGGUGGACGGAUCCGAAGCAGGUGGAGUUGGGUUCGCCGGCGGAUACGGUUUGUUAUAAGGGGAAAAUGGAUUUUAAGGUGGUGUUUUGUCCUUGA